UUUUUUGCUGUUGAUUGCUCUUGUGUAGUUGAUAUCAUCCAGCUUUGAAUUAAUUUGUCAUCAUUCUGUUUCAUUACUCAAACUCGAAGAAAGAAAACGUUUAAACGUCGUCGUCAUUUUCAUCUUCAUCAUCAAAUCAUGUGACUUUUAACAAGUGAAUUUAUUGUUUGUUUACCUUUGAUGUUACAAUGGUGAAGGAGCAAGAAAGAUGUUUAUAUAUAUUUGCUUACUUUGAAUGAAUUUAGGUUUUUUUAUUGUCUGUUUGCUGGUGAUUCAACAUUGAUUCUUAUGUAUUUCUGUUGCCACAAAAACCAUCCAAUCUAAUACAUUUGCAACAAGGAUCUCACCAAAUUAAAUUGUCCACUGUCAUGUAAUUUUACCUACUCUAUUUACAAUGUUAUUGGUGAUUUAGAAAGUGCUUGACAUUUAGCUUUUUUUUAUUUUCUGCAACCUCAUUAUUGUUUCUUCACCUGUGUACAUUACAUUAUAGAUUGACCUCUUGACUGUAUACAUUGUAUAAAAAUGUCCUUGGACCGUUUAGGACAAACGCCUUUAAUCAAAAUUGGCCAUUACACUUUGGGAGAAACUCUCGGUGUUGGAACCUUCGGCAAAGUUAAAACUGCCAAGCAUCAAUUGACUGGGCAUAAAGUUGCUGUUAAAAUUUUGAACCGAGAAAAGAUCAAAAAUCUCGAUGUUGUUGGUAAAAUACGGCGAGAGAUUCAAAAUCUUAAAUUAUUUCGCCACCCUCACAUUAUCAAAUUAUACCAAGUGAUUAGUACUCCAACAGAUAUUUUCAUGGUAAUGGAAUAUGUUGCUGGUGGUGAAUUGUUUGAAUAUAUUGUAAAGCAUGGGAAAUUGAAGGAAUCUGAAGCUCGUCGAUUUUUUCAACAAAUUAUUUCUGGUGUUGAUUAUUGUCAUCGUCAUAUGGUUGUUCAUCGUGAUUUGAAACCGGAAAAUUUGUUACUUGACAUAAAUCAAUGUGUUAAAAUAGCUGAUUUUGGUUUAUCUAAUAUGAUGAUGGAUGGUGAAUUUUUACGCACAAGUUGUGGUUCACCAAAUUAUGCUGCACCAGAAGUUAUAUCUGGUAAAUUAUAUGCUGGACCAGAAGUAGACAUUUGGAGUGCUGGGGUUAUCCUUUAUGCUCUUCUAUGUGGAACUUUACCUUUUGAUGACGAACAUGUUCCAUCUCUUUUCCGCAAAAUUAAAUCUGGCAUAUUUCCGAUUCCAGAUUAUUUAAACAAAUCAGCAGUUGAUCUGUUGGUUCAUAUGUUACAAGUUGACCCCAUGAAAAGAGCGACAAUGGAGGAUAUAAAGAACCAUGAUUGGUUUAAAAGAGAUUUACCGGCCUACUUAUUUCCUCCAGCAAGUGAAUCUGAUGCUUCAAUUAUUGAUAUGGAUGCUGUUAAAGAAGUCUGUGAGAAAUUUGGAGUUACCGAUAAAGAAGUCCAUAGUUCAUUGUUAAGUGGAGAUCCUCAUGAUCAAUUGGCUAUCGCAUAUAAUCUUAUUAUUGAUAAUAAGAGAAUCGAAGAUGAAACAUCAAAAUUAGACAUUAAAGAUUUUUAUGUCGCUUCUUCACCUCCUCCACCAUACGCCAUCAACGAUAGUCCAGGUCGUUUAGGAUCGAGUGGAAGUGGUCGUGUACGAUUAUUAAGCGGAGGUUCCAGCAGUUUGGAAAAACACAAAGGAACACCAAUGAAAAGAGCUAAAUGGCAUUUAGGAAUUCGUUCACAAAGUAAACCUCAUGAUAUCAUGAAUGAAGUUUUCCGAGCAAUGAAAUCACUUGAUAUGGAAUGGAAAAUUGUUACUCCCUUUAGUGUUCGUGCUCGUCGUAAAAAUCAACAAUCUGGUCGUUAUAUUAAAAUAGCUUUACAGCUUUACCAAGUUGACUAUAAAAGUUACCUUCUUGAUUUCAAGUCAUUACCUAGUCAAGAUGAUGCAGAGAUCAAGGAAGGUGAAGGAAGCAGUGCUAAUGUUUCAUCAAACGAUCCAUACUCAUCAAAAUCUCAAUUUCAUCAUGUAAUGGAUUUCUUUGAAAUGUGUGCUUCACUAAUCACACAGUUGGCGCGUUAAAGUAGCUCUUUAUUCAUCUUAGAGAUUUUAAUUGAGAUUGAAUAGCAUAUAUACAACAAAAUUUCAGCUAAAUUUGUAAAUCUUAAAAGAUUGAUCAUUAGAAGUUCAUUUCGACGGAUAAAUAUGGGUAGAGUGCAAUACGAUCUCAUUUUCACCCUUUUAGUUUAUCUCAUUACAAAUCUCAUUUCAAAUUCACACUGAAUCUCAGUAAAUUCAUCCCAAAUUGACUUUUUAACAUUUCAUUUCACAACUUCUGUACCUGUUAAUGAUCUUAUCUGACUAUCAAUUCCAUUAUAUUUUAUUCAUUUUAUUUUCCUAAUUUUCCGACUAUGAUUUUAUCAUCAUAUUGCCUGUUGAUCUAGUAAAGAUGUUUUCCUCAUCAAUAAAAACUCGAAUGUCAUGAAAUGUUUUAUUUUUCACUUAAUUUUACUCUGAUAACUGCAUUUAUAUGUACUUAUGAAUAUUCAAUAACCUGUAUCACUCACACUAUUAUAAAUAUGAAGAAAGCUGUUAUUAUUAUGUUGAAAAUUCAAUAAACGAAAAAUUAUUAAUUGAA